CAACCAACGCCAAAAUGGUUUACACCGAACGCAACGAGAAGUGCCUGAGCAGCUCCUCCAAGGACAAGCCAACUUCCAAGGACUUCAGCAGUUCCAAGUCCGGAUCAUCCGGUUCAGGAUCCGCUUGGAGCGGUCAGGCCUCGAGUGCCGAGAAAUGGAAGUACAAUAAUAUGGUUCAGAAUGAUCGCGAUAAGUUCAAUGGAAUGCAUUUCUCUUAAAUCGGAGAAAUAUUACAGAAAUAUAUCGAGGGACCACGGGAAAGCUGCUUGUUAUUAUUGUUACUUCUAUUAUUUUUGGGCUUAGCUGGGUUUCGCUUUAAAUUAGUUCAGUAAGACUUUUGUUUAUAUGGAUUUAAGUAUUGCUAUGUGAUACAGACAGAAAAAACAAAGUUAACACUCCAAUUGGUAAAACAAAAAUUAAAUCAUAAAGAGAUGCGCAAAGAAA